GAGUCAGCCCUUGGGGUGGGGCACGAGGGGGUCCCCUGUAUGCAGGUCGCUACUUAACUUGACAAGCAGUGUUGCUGUGUAAGAGAUUGUGUGGGCGCGGUUCGCGAUCUCUUCUUUCCUUUCCCAACCAAAUAAAGAAAUGCAAAAAAACGACUAAUUCUAGACCAGAAGAUCUUCUCAUGUUGGAUAUCAGAAAUAAAAUGGGUGAUCUUUCGGGAGGGAGUGCCAGUAGCACCAGUUCAUCGUCUUUUUUGUCUUGCAAUUCUAGUCUACACUCUCAUAGUCCUUCUUCUUCAGAAGGAUUCAUUUCUUUUGGGACUCCCUCGUCCUCUUCCUCUGUCAAUCAACCAUCGCCAUUAGCAUCCUCUUCCUCUGUCAAUCAACCCUCGCCAUUAGCAUCCUUUUCUGUGAACCAGCCAUCCCCUUCUUCCGUGAAAGGAGUAUUCUUAACGGACAGUGGUACUCCCUCUUCCUCUUCGUCCGUAAAUCGGCCAUCCCCAAACCCGACCGAUGAAAGGGUCGUAGAAUAUCAAGGGGCUAUACGCGAGGAAAUGGCCAAAUUAAUGCCCGGCAGGGAUCACCAAGAGAUUCUAGUUGCAGCCGAACGAAUACAUGGGGGGAGUGCUAAUAUAGGAUUUCUUCGAUCACAGCUCCGGGAUUUAGUAGCAAAUGGCACUGAAAGUGAAGCCUUCAAGUACGGAAUAGCUGAGCUAGCGAAUGAGAAUUUAGCGGCAAAUUUCGCUGCGAUGCAUUUAGCGGAGAGUCCUUUGGAUCAAUUUGGCAUUCACCCUCUCGCUCUCGCUCUCGGUCUCGGUUUGUUCCUAUUUCUAGUUUUUCUUUUUCUUGCGCUGCGGGAAGUAUGGAAAAACAGGACGAGAGCAGCAUAAUCGUUAGUUAGGGGUAAGAGGGGAAUCUUAUGUCCAUAUUAUCUAAAAAAAUAUAUGAGUGUUAAGCUUGUGCGCGUUGUUAUUUGUUGUUUAUGUGAGGCUGCAUGCGCUUGUUAUUUGUUGUUUAUGUGAGGCUGCAUGCGAAUGAUUAACUCGUGUCUUUAUGUCCAUGUGAGAAGGCUAAUAAAUUAUCUCUUUUCUUUGGUCCGGGAAAAAGGAAGUAAGACCCUCGAGACGAGAACUACAUAUGGUCUGAUACUGACUUCCUUGAAAAGAGGAAGACAAGUUAUGUAGGCAGUAGCCGUUCCAGAAAUGCAGCGGUACCACAAGUGCUCAUUCAUUGGUCCAACCUAGAAGCUACUUGGGAAGACUAUGAAUUGAUUGCAAGUAAGUAUCAUGGACAAGGAGGAUUUUUAGGAGAAAGGAGAUCCUCUCUCAACCCAAUAGAUGCAAUGUAGGAAGACUAGUAUCUUUAGUCCAUGGGUGUAACACCAUAAGAUGGGAUUGAUGGUAAUCUAUCAUAAAUCGUUUCCCUUUUUGUCUAGAUGACGUCCCCACGGUGUCUAUAAUUUAUGUCAACCAAUAAGAAAUACCCGAAAGAAGAUGCGUAGGCCUUCAAUCAUGGUGCAAUGAAUAUCGUAGAUAGAGUGAUGGAAGAAGUUCGAUCUCAUAUAGCUAGCUGGAGUCUUUCUUUUCAAAUCAAAGUGAAACGAUUUUCCUUUUACGUUGAGAUAUUUGAAUUGGAUUUUCUUUCACCACUACUAUCGUAACGCACAGAAAACACUGACGUUUCCGCUCGCUUUCAACCACUGCCACUUUACCUGAGCACUGUGACGCAGUCGGUCAAGUAUUGAGGCUAGUAUAUCAAGGACUUAUGAGAACUGAAAAGAAAAAAACUAGGCAAAGGAAUUCUCAAAGUUCAUUGAGUUAAGGGAGGACCAUUCGUGGGGGGUUCGUGGAAGAGUUGGGUUCGAUUCCCUUUAUACGCGAUGUGGCGAAAAAGACUGAUUCAACGAAAUAUGCCUGCAUUAAGAUUUAAAACGUGCCGUCUACUUCCAGGAAAUGUUCGGAACAGAGAACUUUCUCUAAUCCAACGCCGCAUUCUCCGAAGAUUGAGGAACAAGAGGAGAUCCAUUAAAAGAAAUCUUUCUCAGAGAGAAAAUCUAAACAGUAACAUCAAAUCACAAACUACACGAAAGUUGUCCCUUUAUUAUGGGGAUUUACCCAUAAGGGAGAUGCACAGAGGAAGAGAACGAACUUCAUAUAUCCCUUUUUUACUCAAUCAAGAAACAAGAUCGGACGUGAUUCCGGUUCGUCUCCGUUUUAGUGACACUCUUCCUCAAGCAAGGCAGCCGAUAAGUCAUCGAAGGGUUUGUUUGAAUAAUGGACUGGUAACCAUUACUCAUUUUAAAGUUUCCCAUGGUGAUCUAAUAUCUUUUAAAGAAAAUGACGCGAGAACCCGCGGUGAAGAAAUAAGGAGAUCUUUCUAUAUCGACAUAUCAGUUGGAAAAAUCAUAGGCAAAUUCCUACCGGUCAGAAUCUGGAGAAGAACAAAAACAGAAUGGUUCCGCUUACUCACAACUCAGAGGGGAUGCCGCUUACUACUAAAAUCCGGGUUUUUGCAAGAGUUGCGUUCUUAUAUGCAAGAAGAAGACUUAGAAAGAACAAAGAAGUUUGGAUCCGCAAAAGUAUGCUUAGGCAGUUCCUUCGCUGAGCACAACAGAAUGAAGAGGAAUUUGUUUCAUUUCAAAUACUUCUUCUUAUGGAAAAGAAGGAAGGAGGAAGAGGAAGGGGUAGAGGAGAUCCUCAAAGUUAUCGAGGAAAACGAAAACCGAAAAAGAGCAAUAAGCCCUUUUGUUUACACAAACAAAUUAUAUAGAAAUUCGACCUAUUGCUCCGGAUCCCCGUUUACUAUUACUAGGAAGAUAAGAAUCAAAAGGAUCGAACUACCUACUCAUUAUUCGGAGGUGAAUCAUAGAACACUAAAAGCUGUGGUAUCUUAUGGACCUAACAUAGGUCACAUCCCUCACGACAUAAGAUUGAAAGAUCCAAACCUUCCUCUUCGGAGCGGAAACGGACGUGGCCAAAACAUAUAAAAAAAGAUCGGCCUAGUCGCUCAUAGGGACAUAUCUAUCCGGAUAGAGGAGAGGAUAGUCUAGAUCAAUUUUUAGAAAAAUCUCUCUCUAUAUAGAAUAGAAUAGAUAGGUAUCUCUGUGGAUAGAGAUAAAGAUAGGGAUCCCUCGAAAUAUAUGGAAAAAGUGCACUUUUUUACUACUACUACUAUUUCUUAUUCUUAGACGAAACAUCGUUUUUUCGAUUUUGACUGAAUUGGUCGGAGCGUAGACGAGCGAGCAGAGCCCAGGAAAGAGGUCAGAUCGUCAUAGAGCAGUCGACUAUAAGUAUAAGACUGCUGGCCUGAGAGAAGGCAGUCUCUCUCGGGAAACAUGGCCCAGGGUUCUAUAGUAUAGUAUAGUAGCCAGACUAUAGGAAAAUCAAGUCUCAUGUUGCUCCUCAGAAAACGCGUAUAGUAUAUAGUAUAUAGUAUAUAGUAUAUAGUAUAUAGUAUAUAGUAUAUAGUAGUAGUAGUAUCAUUGGCCAAAGUAAAGUCGAUGGGACAAACGCUGUUCGUUAGAACUAGCAUUUUGUUUUGUCAUGGAAUCAAGUCUAUUUGUUCGAAUGUUCUUUUUUUCGUUUCGUUGGAAAAACCAACGCCGACGUCAAGAAUGGAUCAGUCUAGUCUCCUUUCUCUUUUGGGAGCAGAGCUGAAAAAGAUGGAAUUGUCAAGUACGAUGAUAUUUUUAUUAACGGAUAGAAAAAUGCUAUUAUCAAGUAGUAAACCCAUUAUGAUUGCAACUCGUGGGAUGCCUGGAAUCCCACUAAAUCGAGAAUCGGAAUCGGUGGAGGAUGUGCAUAGGGUACUCCGAGCCCUCCCCUUAUUUAGAGAAAUGGAAGGUAUCUUGCGUGAGAGGAACCUGAAUCUCCCGUCAGUACAGGAAAUAAGCGCUUUCCGUGUGAAUCUAUUCUCUGGUAUCCGGCGUGAGAGUGCGAUUGCGGACUACGACGCUUUUUGGCGCUCCUUACUCGAGGAGAUUCACACACCUCAGGGACGUAGUUGUUUUGGUCAGAGAAUACAAGAUCUGCACGCCCGAAUGUCUGCCGAGGGCAACUGGGACUACUUGAUUGCCCAACAAGGCAGAGGGUAUUUUGGUAACCUACCUAAUCUCAACAGCCCGUUGGAUCAAUAUCAAUUUGGAAUUCACCCAAUUCUGGAUCUGAAUAUUGGUGAGUACUAUGUCUCAUUCACAAAUCUAUCCUUGUCUAUGCUACUCACUCUCGGUUUGGUCCUACUUCUGGUGCUGCCAAUGAUUCUUCGUUCAUUAGAAUGUCGAUUCCUCACAAUCGCUCUUUGUGAUGCUGCGGAACCAUGGCAAUUAGGAUCUCAAGACGCAGCAACACCUAUGAUGCAAGGAAUCAUUGACUUACAUCACGAUAUCUUUUUCUUCCUCAUUCUGAUUUUGGUUUUCGUAUCACGGAUGUUGGUUCGCGCUUUAUGGCAUUUCAACGAGCAAACUAAUCCAAUCCCGCAAAGGAUUGUUCAUGGAACUACUAUCGAAAUUAUUCGGACCAUUUUUCCUAGUGUCAUUCCAUUGUUCAUUGCUAUACCAUCGUUUGCUCUGUUAUACUCAAUGGACGGGGUAUUAGUAGAUCCAGCCAUUACUAUCAAAGCUAUUGGACAUCAAUGGUAUCGGACUUAUGAGUAUUCGGACUAUAACAGUUCCGAUGAACAGUCACUCACUUUUGACAGUUAUACGAUUCAGAAGAUGAUCCAGAAUUGGGUCAAUCACGUUUAUUAGAAGUUGACAAUAGAGUGGUUGUACCAGCCAAAACUCAUCUACGUAUGAUUGUAACACCCGCUGAUGUACCUCAUAGUUGGGCUGUACCUUCCUCAGGUGUCAAAUGUGAUGCUGUACCUGGUCGUUCAAAUCUUACCUCCAUCUCGGUACAACGAGAAGGAGUUUACUAUGGUCAGUGCAGUGAGAUUUGUGGAACUAAUCAUGCCUUUACGCCUAUCGUCGUAGAAGCAGUGACUUUGAAAGAUUAUGCGGAUUGGGUAUCCAAUCAAUUAAUCCUCCAAACCAACUAAACCGGGGAAGCUGAAGCGGAAAUGCAAUUCUCGGGUGAGGGAAGGCUUCGCUCGCUCGCUCAAAAAGCUCUAACGCUCGUUUACGAGUGGAGUGCAUAAGCCCUUAUUGAAGUAGGGCGAGGCCUUACUACACGAGCUCGUAAGUAAAGCACGGAACGAGCCUUGUCUACGAAGCUUCGCUUCAUCAUCUUGCUUGCUUCUGCCGAAGCUUAACGCACUAUAACAUAGGCAUGCAUGAUGGUAUGGUAGGAAGACUCCUUUUAAGGCCGACCACUACAUAGGAGCGAUAGGAAGCCAAGCCGUCAAAAGGAAAGGCGAGCAGCCCUUAUUGCAAUAGCAAACGGCCUACUUAUAGCCCUAUUUAUACCCUUUAUCGGGGACGGGCCUUACAAGCUCAAUAAAUUGCAAUUCUUCACCUUUUCCUCAGACAGUGGGAAUGAAUUUUCUUACUUGAUUGACAUUGACAGAUAUGUGUACCACACCGAACAAGCAAUAUGUCAUAUGCUUGAUGUACCAGCCAAGCCAGCUCUUUUUUUCUCCGUUCCCUUAUCCUUAGCGCUAAAGUCAAAAUAAAAUGCAAGAGAGUUUGUAUUUGCAAAUGAAAAUGAAUAUGGAUCUAAAAAAAAUUAUAUAAUCAAUCAAUAAAUAAUAAUUGGAAUAAUAUAAAAAAUAUCCUUCGCGUAUUCGUUUAGAAUCUUGUUGACCCUACUCGCUUACUCCUAUUUUCCUGCUUUCUUUUUCGACAGAAUUCAUUCUAUUCUAACUUUCUUGAAAGAAUGGGGUUCUGGGCUCACCCUCUCUUCCUUUUUGAGAAGAUGGGCUGCCCUGGGAGUCUCGCCUUGGUGAUUCUUUCUCUCUUGGGGGUCUUCUUCGGUAGCGAAUCCGCUCUCAUAAAUUGGAUGAAUUCUUCUGGGUCGGCUUCGGGAUCCGCCUCUGAGAGUUGGCAAAAGUACCUCAACUUAUCGGAGUCGGAGGAAAAUGCCGCGUCCGAACCAUCCACAAGCCACACCCCGCCGAACCCUGAACCUGAAGCACCAUCCAUUUCGUUCUUGCGAGAACGAAUCAAAAAUGUUAUUCGCUCAUGCCAGCGUAUACGAAAAUAAAAAAUCCUAAAAAGGAUUAACGAAGAUCUUCACCUUGAAACGGCGAGCGCCGAGAAGCGGGUAAAAAUCGCCCAGGUCCUCGAUAACAUGAACUGGAAAAGGGUUUUCUUUUAUACCUAUACGGGGGAACCUAAGAUAAAGCCCAUAUCGACUUAACGGUCCACGAUUGGGAUCGCGCACGAAAAGGCUAAACACAGCCUUUUUCUUGUCCUCGGGACAGCGGGCUAGUCCCGUGCCUGUUUUUUUGAGUUGGGGUACACAAUCUUCCUUGUGACUGCCAAACCAGAUUUCCGUUUUUAGGGAGAAGGUGUAGUCUUUUUGAACGGUGGUAUCGUCAAGAAGAACGAGGCCCGCCCCAUUUCUGGGGCGGGGGGAAGGAGAAGUGGGACUGUGGGUCUCCUUUCAUU